AUGGCUGGAACAGCAACGUGGGCUAUAGAAGCCAGCCCCCGUGUCCACGAGCUGUUGAAGCACCUUCACACAGCUUCUGCCUCUCAGGAGAAGUCAUUAUCGCAGGUCUGGUUCUACCUGAAGACUAUUAUUGGGUUUUACAUCCGAAAAGCGGCCUGGCCGAAAGCAGCGGACGAUCACAUGCGACACAAGUUUGUGAGUUUGGAGCAAGACAAAUGCCAGUUCAUGUAUCUCCUCGCACGGUCCCUUGGUGCCAAGAACAUCAUCAAAGCUGGCACUAGCUUUGGUGUGUCAACUAUCUAUCUUGCCCUUGCUGUAGGACAGAACGCCAGAGACGCAAGGGUCAUGGGUAUGAGAGCCACAGGUAAGGUUGUUGCUACCGAAAAAGAAGCUACGAAAGCAGCAAAGACCAUGGACUACUGGAUGCAGGCUGGUGACGAGGUUGAGCCGUGGAUUGAGAUGCGAGAGGGAGAUUUGCGAGAGACGCUUCAAGUAACGGAAGGAAUGCCGGAGCAUGUUGAUAUGUUGCUUUUGGACCGUCAGAGCUGA